GCACUCCACUCAGAUCUCACAAAUUAAUUGGUUUUGGGAUUGUAAAUUAUGUCUAUCGAAGGUAUGUAACUGUUUUAUCAUUGAAUGAAGACCGCAAGUCUAUUACAUGUAUACCAAAAGACAACAUACAUGUAACAAAGCAUGAAGAUAUGAAGUGCUGUCGUCCACACGCCUGGCUGGCUGAUGUUAGCCCUUGUUUUGCUGUUGAUGGAAGUCAAAUAACUAUUCUUCAGGAACCAUCACAGUUUUUCUCCACUUUAAAGGAGAAAACAGACUCUGUCAAGAAACGUAUUGUUUUGGCUUCAUUGUACUUGGGUACAGGAGAACUGGAACAGGAACUUGUGGAUUGCCUGGAGAAGUCAUGUACUCGAGUCAGGAAGGAAGAAGAUCGGGAAUUAGAAGUGACUGUUCUUUUAGACUUUACACGAGGUUCCAGAGGACAAGUUAACUCUAGGACUCUUUUAUUACCAUUAUUACAAAAGUUUGAAAAGUCUGUGAGUGUUUCAUUGUACCACACGCCUGAUCUGCGAGGAUUCUUGAAGUAUGUGUUACCUGAGAGAUACAAUGAAACAAUAGGACUAACACAUCUAAAGGUUUAUCUCUUUGAUGAUUCUGUGAUAAUUAGUGGAUCUAACUUGAGCCAUGAUUACUUCACAAACAGACAGGACCGCUACAUCCUUAUAGAAAACUGUGCGCCUUUGGCAGACUUUUUUACAUCGCUUGUGAAAACAGUGGCGUCAUUUUCUUUUCAGUUGCAAACAGAUAACACAGUCACUGUUGACGAAUCAUUUGGAAUCCAUCCAUUCCAAGAUGACCAGACAACGUUUAAAUGGGCAGCCCGUGACCGGGUUGAGAAGCUACUGGCCUGUGAAAGUUGGAGGGGUGGGACAGGUACUGAAGGGAGAGAUUCUCAGAAUCAGGGGCAUCACUGUGACAAAGACACUUGGCUCUACCCCUUGGUACAGAUGGGGCCCCUGGGCAUCACACAGGAUGAAGACACUAUGAGGCGGCUACUGCGGUCAGCAGACUCAGGCCACAGGAUCCGCCUGGCAUCCGGCUACUUCAAUCUCACUGACCAGUACAUGGACAUCUUGCUGAACCAGUCUCUGGCCCAGUAUGAGAUCCUCAUGGCCUCUCCUCAGGUGAAUGGGUUUUAUGGUGCUCGUGGGAUGACUGGUGGAAUUGUCCCAGCCUACAUCUACAUCUCGAAGCUGUUUUUCCAGACUCUCAGUGCCUUAAAUCAGCAAAACAGGAUCAAACUGUAUGAGUAUUACAGGAACAAAUGGACAUUUCACGUUAAAGGACUAUGGUAUUACCCCUGUGGGAAAACUCUGCCAGACAUGACCCUUAUAGGCUCCACAAACUUUGGUUAUAGAUCUGUACACAGAGACCUGGAAGCACAGUUAGCCAUCGUCACAACAAACCACUCGCUACGGACAGAGUUACAUAAGGAGAAUGAACGCCUGUAUGAGUUGUCUAGUCAGGUGACAGAGGAAACAUACGAGCGACCAGACAGACACAUUCCGCUGUGGGUCAUGUGGGUGACAAGUGUAAUCAAACAUUUCUUCUGACUGCGAUACUUGUGUGUGCACACAGUAAUGGCCAUCAGUAAAUAUUAGAUCAUUGUAGAUUUAAAUUAUUAACAUAAUAGUUUACAUUCAUUGUACAUAAUACUGAUUAAAUAUAUUUUAUAUUUGUA